AUGCAGGAAUGAAAUUUAGCAUCUGUCAAAAAUACCAAACAUUUUAUUUUAUUUUCAACAAGCGACAAACAAUCCUGAAUGCUUUCGGGGUUUUCAAACACUGACGAUCGUAAUAUUUACACUAUAAUUAAGGAUAUUUUUAUAUAGAAGCCUACGCAUAGUAUAUUUUAAUCAUGAAUUUGGAACUACUAGAAUCAUUUGGUCAAAAUUAUCCCGAGGAAUUUGAUGGUACACUAGACUCCAUUUCCUUAGCAGCCACAUGCGCCUUCAACAGACGAGGCACUCUUCUGGCAGUUGGUUGCAAUGAUGGAAGGAUAUUCAUUUGGGAUUUCCUGACGCGGGGUAUUGCUAAAUCAAUAUCAGCUCAUGUGUACCCCGUUUGCAGUCUCAGUUGGUCUAGAAAUUGUAAAAAGCUACUGUCAGCAUCAACAGACCACAAUGUGUGUAUAUGGGAUGUACUCUCUGGGGAGUGCGAACAAAGGUACAGGUUCCCAACACCCAUACUGAGAGUCCAGUUUGAUCCGAGAAAUGACAAAAGGUUCUUAGUGUGUCCUAUGAGACAUGCAGCACUGCUGGUUGAUACAGACGGGGAACAUAAAAUAUUACCUAUAGAUGAUGAUGGAGAUAUAAAUGUUAUAGCAUCAUUUGACAGGAGAGGAGACAAUGUUUAUACAGGCAAUGCCAAAGGAAAGAUAUUAAUUUUAGACUCUCAAUCAUUAGCAGUAAAGGCCAGUUUUAAAAUAACAGUUGGGACAUCAAGUACAACAAGUAUUAAGAGUAUAGAGUUUGCAAGAAGAGGAGACUGCUUUCUAGUAAACACAUCAGACCGCGUCAUCAGAGUGUACGACACGAACACGGUACUUAAAUGUGGAAUGAAUGGUGAACCAGAACCUAUACAGAAGCUACAGGAUCUUGUCAAUAAAACAACGUGGAAGAAAUGCUGUUUCUCGGGCGACGGCGAGUACAUUUGCGCGGGGUCGGCGCGCCAACACGCGCUGUACGUGUGGGAGAAGUCCAUCGGGAACCUCGUCAAGAUCCUGCACGGAACCAAGGGCGAGCUGCUGCUCGACGUCGUCUGGCAUCCCAUUAGACCGAUCAUUGCUAGUAUUAGUGCAGGUGUCGUAUCAAUAUGGGCGCAGAACCAAGUGGAGAACUGGUCGGCCUUCGCUCCUGACUUCAAAGAACUGGAUGAAAACGUUGAGUACGAGGAGAGAGAGAGUGAAUUCGAUGUGGAAGAUGAAGACCGGUCGGUAGACCAGGCGGGAGAGAGCCAUGAUGAUGAGGAGGUCGAGUUUUACGUUUACAACCAGGUGGAUGUCACGACUUGCGAGCCGGUGGCCGCCUUCUGCAGCUCCGACGAAGAGGGAGAGGACGAGCAUAUGCUGUCCUUCUUACCCAUAGCACCGGAGAUUGAAGACCCAGAGGAUGGCUGGGCGGCGACACAAGAAACAGUAACGCCUACAGAAACACCAGAAAAAUUGGAGCCAGCGGCCAAGAGGCCGAAGAGUAAAACAUACGAUAUAUCACUUAAAAUAGCGCCACCUGAACAACCAUUGUCGUUCGGUGGCAAAAACAAACAAGCAGCGGGCAGUAAAAAAGUCGCCGGAAGACCUCGUAAAUAAAGUAUUUUAUAAGAAUCA